AUGAGCGACCGAUCGUUCGGAGACGAUAUAACGAAGAGGAUGACCGCUUCUAACCCGGAAAAUGUUGCCGAGUACGGUUUUUUGCAAGAAAAAAGUUUUGGCGCGUUUAUUUUCUAGUUGACUUAUAGUAAGCCUAAAAUUUCGUUAUUUCUUCAUUUUCCCAAUGAAAAACACUCGAAAACGCAAAAAGUACGUUCAAAAUUCGAAUUUCCCGCCAUUUUAGACGUUGUUUGUUCAAAAAAUCAAUCGAAUCAAUCGAAUUGAGCAGAGCAAAACUGGACGGGAGUAAAGUGGAAAAAUGCGUCUAUGAAAAGAAUUGUUUAAAAAUGAUCAUAAGUUCAAGCAUUUCAAAAUCGUCUUUGACACCCUAUUAUCUAUUAAAAACACCAGAAAAUAAGCGACAUUUCCCUCAAAAUCGUCAAUUUUAGCCAAAAGUGAGCGUGUUGCAAACGCGCCCCAUUGCGAAUUUUUGAAUUGCGGCAGGCGCAUUUCGGCGGAAAUUUCGCCAUUUUAACCAAUUUUUUGCAGCGUUUCGCUCGCCAAAAACGCGACGGCACGCAACGGAAACGAACAAAUGGAAAAGACGGACAUCGGACAAGGUGAGUGCUGAAAAAUCUGAAAUUUCUGGCCUAGAAAUGGAUUUUAUUGGUUUUUAUGCUCAAAAAUACAUUGCUUUUUUUCCAUGUUAUACUGGAAAACCCUUUGGAUUUUUGCUGUUUUCUGCAAUUUUUUUCAUUAUAUUUUCAAUUUUCAGCCAUUUCUCGACUUCCAAAGGCGCUCGCCAUCGAAGUGUACACCAAAGUCCAGAAUAGUGAGUUUAUACUUUUCAUAAAUUGAGAAAUUCAAGAAAUAAUCGAAGCAAAGCUGUGAAAAUCUGAACUGUGUUUCCAGGCACUCUGUCGAAAGAGGAUUUGUGCGAUGAGAUCGAAGACCUCGUCGACGAGGUGUAUUUCGUCGGCGAGACAGUGCUGAGCGCCGGCAAAGAGUACGUGAUCGCUUCGAGCGAAAAGAGGGGCGGCCUGACGACGUACACGAUGGAGGACGGCGCCAAAAUCGGACAUCGUGACUUGAGGUAAAAAAAAAUCUGCCGCAAAUUAUGAAAAAUCCGUAUACAGACGCAAAAAGGGACUUUCGGUGGAGGAAAUCAAGCAGAUCGCACUUGAAGACGCCGAAUUUGUCGAUGGAAAAGUGUGGAAGGUGAAGGAGGCGCUGAAAAAUGCGUAUCCGAUUCGAGAAGUGAAAAAGUUUGCCGCCAUCUUCAAUACUCCGAAAUCGGCGAAAAAGAUGGCCGAAAGGCCGUCGACUUCGGUAGAUUCCGAAUCGGAAAAUGAGCAGAAGAACGGAGAAAAUGGAGAGGAAGAAGAGGACGAUAAUAUCGACGAGGUCACGGAGGCGAGAAAUGGACACUCUUCUGGAAACGCUCGAAAACCACGUGCGUCGGGCACUCCGGCCAACCGAAAAGCAAUGGAAAAGCAGCGAGCGAAAGAGGCGAAAGAAAAGGAAAAGGCGGAGAAAAAAGAGAAGGAAAAGGCAGAGAAAUUGAGGAAAAAAGAGGAGGAGAAAGCGAAAAAGGCGAAGGAAAAGGAGGAGAAACAGGCGGGAAAGGCCAAGAAGAAUGGGGUGAAUUUUUGCGAAUUUCUUGAAAAAUUUUAAACAACAAACAAUUUGCAGACAAUGGACAAAUUUGUGAAAAAAGCGUCAGAAAGCAACGGUUCGCCGAGUAAAUCAGCCGGAAACGCCUCGAUUUUUUCGCCGUCAAAGUGGGGAGAACGGCGAGUCGCGUCUGGAGUCAAAAAGAUUGAGGAGGCGUGGAAAAAGAGAGAUCUGGAGGUGAGAAUCUACCGGAAAACCUUUUAGCUAAAAAUCCGCAUUUCUAGGCGUUCCACGAGGCGUGCGGAUGGUGCGAGAAGAAUCUAUCGGGCGCGCAGCACAGAACGAUCGAAAAUCCGAUUUGGCGAUUCGCAAUUCAGAAAUUGGUCGACAAAACCAAGGAUAAGGCGCAUAUGUACGACACUUUUGCCGUUUCAAUACUGUGUUUUCAUUAUUUCAAAAUUGCAGGAAAGGCAUGAAAUGGGCGAAAAAGGCGGAAUACAAGGCGGAGAUGGCGGAAAAACGAAAAGAGCAGUACAAACAGUUUGAGCCGAGAAUCAAGGCGUGGUUCAGUGAGGUGAGCCUGGACUUUUUGGACCAUUUGCACGGAUCCGAUUGGGACCCGACUUUGCAGGAUUCUUGGACUUGGAUUGAAGUGCACUGUGGCCGAGUUUCACGUCGAUCCGAAUAUCCGGUUCAGAGAGUUCUCGCAAAAACUAGGUCUUUCCGGCCUCUGAUCCACAUAUCUCGGAGGCAGAUGAUCCGACCGUUCUGAAACGUGGACCCAGUAUACCUCAAUCCAAGUACAAUAAGCCUGCAAAGUUUGGCCCCGAUCGGAUCAUUGCAAGUGCUGAAAUUUGCCCAGCCCAACCCUGCAUAUAAGCCUGUCGCCCGGGCUACGCCAUUUUGCAAUGUACAAACUUGCAGGACAUUGCGCUGGACGACCUGCUCGUCACGGCGGACCGUCUCGAAUUGUCCGAGGAGGCCGAACGGAUCGAGGCGAACGAGUUGCUGCUCAAGUGCAUGGAAAUCACGCAGUUCUUCGUUUCGAUGCGUAAAAUUUUGGUGUGGACCGAAAAUGUGACUGCCGAACAACUUUUCGCCGAUCUUCACGCCGGACUGCCCGGAUUCAAGCGCAGCACGUACAAAAUGAUUGCCAAUUUGCUCGAGACCGCCCUUCAGGUUUGGCGCGUUUUUCAAAUUUUAUUAAUUUUGUUUUGCAGGAAAAAGAGCACGAAAAGGUGGCGCAUUGCAACGCGCGUCUGUCGGAAUUCCCAAUCACGGAGCACACGAUAUCCGAGCUCGUGCGCGCGUUUUUCGUCGGCAAAACGGACAUGUCGUGGAAGAACGACCGCAAUUUGGCGGAAAAAGAGGCGGAAGACGUGGAUUCGGAGGAGAAAACGAUGACGCACCAUGUGGAGCCGGCGGCGGAACUUACGGAAAUUGCGGAAAAUACGGAGGAGAACGACGAAGAGGAGGACGACGAAAAAGAGGCGGAGGAGCGCGAAAAGACGCGAAUUUUGGCGUUUUUCCAGCCCGAAAACGGUCACAUUUAUGAGUGGGCCGCCGAAAAACAGCUGGAAAUAUUGUACGCGAUGAAGGAAGUCGUGCACGGACUGCCGAUCAUCCGGGAAUGGUUCCUGAAGGACGCGAAUACGGAUCAGUUGCAGGCGCUCAAAGUGAAAGCGAAUUUGAUAACGAAGGAGGUUCGUUUUUUUUGGGGGGGGAAAUGCAAUUUUUUUUUUUGAAUUCUAGAGACGAUUUCCGACAUUUCAAGUUAAAAUAGAGUUUUUAGCCUUUUUGUUGAGCAUUGAACCUCCAUACUAAACAAAACAAAUAUUGCCGAAUUCAUAUUUUCUUUGAAACAGCGAUGCUUUGAAAAAGACUUUUGACACACUUGCGGUGAUCCGAUCCAGCCCCUUACGUACAAUUUUGUUGACUGCAGAUCGAAGAAAAGACGCGUCAACUGGCGGACCUUCCACAACCUGACUUCGCGGAAGAAAUGACGCGAAAUCAGACGAGAGAAGCGGAGAAAUUGGUGAAAAAGCGGCAGGCAUUCGAGAAUCGACUUGACGAACUACGCGACGAACUCGAAGAGAAUCGGGAAGCGGCGGCCCGCGAACGCGACGAUUUGGAGCGCAUUUUCCGCGUGGUCAGCAUUGGAACCGACCGACACUUGCGCAAAUACUACUGGUUCGCCUACAGUUCCGACGCCGGCCUCUGGGUCCAGGAUGUACGCUUUCUAUUAUACGAUUGAAAAAAUAAGACACCAAGUAUUGGUAGAUAUGGGCUUCAACUGAUUUUUAGGAAAUUGUUGAAACGCUUUUUUGUUUCUUUCAAACUUAAUUGUGUUGCAGUUCGGAACGACUUUCUACGAGAAAUGGGUGCGUGAGUGCGCCGAAAAAGGACUGAUUGACGUGGAGACGCCGAGCGAUUCGCUGCCUGAAUACGUCGAUUUGUGAGCUUUCCAGAAUUUUUCUUCUUCAAGAAUUUUCCUUUUCCAGACCAUUUCCGUCGACGACGGACGUGGAAAUCUGGUACAAAUUGUGCACGGAAAAGGCGAUCCGUUCGCUCGAGACGGCGCUGAAAAAGAACGGAAAACGAGAGAAGGGCCUGAAAAAAUAUCUGAGCAACAAUAUGUCGGACAUUUUGUCGAGUCUUAACAAGGCGCAUAACGCGACGAAAUCGACGAGAAGACAAUCGGCUUCCAGAUCGCAGACGUUAGUUUUUGACAUUUUUUGCUGAUUUAAGGACAUUCCAGCAAUCUGGACAUUUCCGACUCUUGUGCCUGUCCCGAACUGCCGACGCGCAAUUCUGACAUAUUUGUGUGAAACAAAUUAUUCUUUUUUGCAGACCAUCGGCAGAAACCGACGAAGAAAUGGCGGAGGAGGGUGGCGAGAGCAGCUCGGAAACGCACAAUAACAACAACGGAGCGGCGGCGGCGGCGGCGAACGAGGCGGAACCGUCGAAAUUUACGGGACCGCUGGCCGCACUGAAGCAGACGAUGAGCGAAAUGUUGGCGGACUGGCAGAUUUCGGGAAUCACCAAGAUUGGCGACGCGCCCAUGUUCGACACGCGGAUGGACGACGCGCACACGCUCGACGAGAUGGUCCGUACCCCGAUGUCAUCGAUAUUCAAAGCUGUGUAUCUCGGCUGUCGGUGGCGAUAUCAAAACGUUGUCAACUGACAAAUUGCUGAGGAAGACAUUCUGCUUAUUUUAUCAGUUGACGACUUUUUGAUAUCUCUACCGACAGCCGAAAUACGCUGCAUUGAAUGGACACUAUCUAUUACAGUUUUUACAGUACUCAUCUCUCAAGAAUACUUUUUUUUUUUGCAGAAGCCGCUGUUCGUGGAACUCGUCACUUCGGUGCCCUCGUCGACGUUGAUCGAAAAGUUUCCGCAGGCGAUUGCGAUCGCGAAAAAAUGCUUUUCGCACCUGAAAAUCGAUCGAUUCGUGCGACGGGUGAACGAGGCGACGAAUCCGUCGUGUUUGCACAUGCUCCUAGCCUAUUUCGACGCCCGGAUCGACAUGCGACGCACGCUUCCCGAGCUGGUACGUUUUUUGCGCAUUUUUUACGGUUUCAAAAAAAUUGGAAAAUCAGAAGCGCCUCUGAUCUAGAGUUUCUUUUCCAUCUAGUUAAAAAUUAUUAUAAAUGUUACAGCCGUGCUUUGUGUGCCGUAAAAAGUCGGGGACCGCGCGGAAAUUGAUGUGCAAGCAGUGCACGACCGUCUACCACAACGGCUGUCAUCGGCCGAUUGUCGACGCGCGGCUGAUGGUCGAGGAGGAGGGAUUCAAGGAGAGGUUCGUGAGGGCAACCACUGAAAAUCUGCAAUUUUUUUUUGGGAAUUUUUGAGUCCUGUGAGCUCAUUGAGUUGAUUUCGACGAUUUUGUGUUGUGACGAUUUGUUGUACCGAUUACCUAGAAUACCUUGAAAAACUGUCGUCGACGUUGGCGUUCACGUGCAUUUCGAAGAUCUCUCUCCAAUUUGAUUGAUUCCUUGUGGGUGGUGAGGUUUAGUGGCGUCUUCUGAGUUCGUCGGAAUAAGCGGUCUUAAUGCUGGUCGGCUGUAGUCUCGCAGACACCAUUCCAUUAAAAGGAAUUUGAAAUGUUUGUUACAGUUGGCUGUGCGUAAAGUGCAAAAAAGAGGCGCGACGUCAGCAGCUGGCCGAGCAGAAGGCGGCCGCGGAAGCCGAAAGAAUGGAGAACGGAGGAAGCGGAGCGUCCAGUGACGAGGAGGAGCCGAUGGAGGCGGAGGAGGUAAUCCCAAAUACCAAUUUUUGUUUUGAGCUUUCAAUUUUUCUUUGCAGGAACUGGGCCGCGGACGGAACGCGAAACGGCGCGCAAACGAGGCGAUGCGGGACGUGAUGGAAUUCGAGGGAACGCUCCGAAGGGACCAACUGUCGCAGGCGCCGCCCCCGCCGAAAAGAGUCAAGAAAGAGGUGCAGCCGGUGAGUUGAAGGCGUUCGAGGCCUCGACUUUUGAUCCACUUGCAAUGAUCCGAUCGGUCCCAAACUUUGCAGGCUCAUUGGCCUUGGAUUGAAGUAUGUUGGGUCCAAGUUUCAGACCCAUCAGAUCUUGCUGUCCCGAGAUAUGUCGAUCAGAGGCCGAAGAGGCCGGGUUUUUGCGAAAAUUGCGUGUAUCCGUAUAUCUCGGGACCAGACGAUCGGAUCGAUUUGAAACUGGGACCCAAUAUACUUCAAUCCACGUCCAAGAAUUCUGCAAAGUUUGGGUCCGAUCGGGUUAUUGACUAUUUCAAGUGGGUCAAAAAACCAGGCCAGUAAAACGGUGACUUCCUAAAACUUGCCUGCAUUUUACACAUUAUCGAAAAUAGUCUCUAAAAACAAAUUGUGAUUUGCAGGAAGUGCAAGAGCUGUUCGACUCGAUCGAAAAGGCGAAUCCGCGCCUGUACAAACUGCUCCAACAGGUGCCGUCGCAGUCGCGUUCCCUCCGAAACUCGCACCACGAAACACGUUCGCUGACGGAUUUGGAGGACGAGUUGGACGUUUUCGCGUCGGCGGAGCAGCUCCGCGAGCAGCUGACCGCCUUUUUCCAGCAGGCGAGAGUCUACGUGGAGACACACAAUUCGAGAAAGCUCGACGAGCUCGACUCGCUCAUUUCGGAGCUCAAUUUCAUGUGA